GUUGAUUCGAAAUAUGUAUUUUUUUAGAGUGCUUUGCUUUCGUUUCAUUUUAUCUAAUUGCUUUACGUCCGGUUUCCUGUUAGGAAUUUCCACCUUCCCGCUUGGAAUACACAAUACUCUCCUCGUUUUUGUUUCCUUUUAGAUUUUUUAAAAGAAAGUGUCAAUCUAUUUGAUGUAACAGGAGCAGAUAGUUUUUUUCAGAACCAUUUAGACUCUAUGUUUGUAUGGACACUUAUCUGAAGAAGAAUUUUGUCAGAGCAAGAGGUUUUGCAGUGUUAGAAGAUUGCUUAUCCAACCCUGCAGGUACGGAACAGUUAUGGGAUCGGAGUAUGACUACGAUAUACUGGGAUCUUUGUUAGGUGCCAAUUCAUCCAGCCAGGAUCUUGCAGGUCUGUUUGAUACAGAUCCCAACCCAGAUGCAACAAAUCCUUACGGUACUGGCGGGAACUUACAACUUGCACCGCUGUAUAGUAACCCGAGGCACCAACAAGAACGAGAUAACAUUGGAGACUUUCUGAAUCUGGGUCGUUCUGGCUUUCCACCCCAUGACAAUUACUAUGAAGAUGAUUAUGAAGAAAAUCUCGAGACUCAGAGCCAUAUGAGUUAUGAUGCAAAUGGCAUGCAUGUAGGCGUAAGCAUGUCAAGGUCUCACCAAACACCUUUUGGUACUGCAAGAACUAAUGUUGGCAUGCAAAUGAGUAUUGGUCCCGGCGGCAUGAUGAUUAGAUCGCGUAGUAGUUCGUCGCUAGGAGGAGGUGGUCAUGGUGGAUUACUUAUGGCGGCCAGUUUUGGUAGAAGUCCGCGUCAUUCUGCUUUCGGUCAGAGUAUGUUUGAACCGGUGGGAAGUAUGCUGUCUCCUUUAGGCGGUUUGUUUUCUCCACUUGGUGGAUUGUUUUCACCGAUGAUCGGGUCAUACAAUCCUGAGCAUGAACCGUCGCUCUUUGGAUUUCAAAGACCGCAAAGAACAUCAUCUCGCAACCAGGGAAUGACUCAUGGUUCUGAUGGUCCAAUUAUCGAGGAAGUAUUUGAUGAAGAGGAAAAUGGAUAUUCAAGUUCAAAUUUAGCUGUUGAAUACAAAGAGGAAGAAAUAGACCCUUCUUUGGGAUUAGGUCUUUUACCGGAUGUUGAAACAGCUUACAGUGGAAAAAAUCAAAAUAGAAAUGAACAAGAAGAAUCUGAAAGCGAAUCUGUUUCAGUGAGUAAUGAAAUACUGAAUGAGUUUGCAUACACAGAAGCUACAUCAACAGAACAUCGCAGUAGUCCUGUUAGUGUCGAUGGGCACUCUGGUGACAAUCUGACAAAUGAAAACCAAACACAAUCCCGAACAAUUACUCUGCUUACAGACAGUGAAGAGGACAAACACGCUACAGAACAGAAAGGAAAUGAAGAAAAUCGAUUAAGUGAUUCCAUAGAUACAAAUGCACCCGAUUAUUCUAUUUCUCAAGGAUUAUCAAAUAUGAAUAAAUGUGAGCAGCCAAAUAACAGAAAGGAGGACGUCCCAUCUAAGCCAAAAGAAAGAGCAAAGUUCACAAAACAAACGUUCAGAAAUACUCCAUUCAAGUUGAAUAAGGAUCACGAUACUUUACCAUUUCUAAGAUCACCUCCAGACGAAGGAACGAGUUUUAAUACUGGUCAGUCAGGCUCAGUCAGUACUCAGAAACUGAAAGUAAAUAAAAACAAACAGAUGAAUAAAAGCAAAAUUGGGACCGUAAAUAAAAAUUCUACUGUUCGACGACGGACCGAUUCAUCUUGCAGCUCUUCUUCUGAACAGGGGUGGACAGGCGAGCAUAAUUUCCCAGAACCGUCAGAAGAAAUUAAUUGCAUACCCAUACCACAAUUAUUGUCUGAAGAGCACAGUGACGAUAACAGGAAAACACCAAUGGAAAAAGAAACGGCUAGCAAAAAACGAGAAUGUACACAGGGAGCUGACGUACACUCUGCAGGUGAUAACAGAGUGCCUGCUACAAAAACUCAUCUGUAUGAAGAUAGUAAUGAUAGGUAUGAAUCACUUCAGGAUACUCAAGAAGAUUCGAUGCAUGCCGAGGGACAGACCUCACACAAUGAAUAUAUACGCAUGGAUGAAUCUUUACAGGAAUCUAGGGAUUUCACGCUGGUAACUGAAAAUGCUGCUAAAACAUCUAGUGAAAUAGUUGAUAUAACUAGCAAAGUAGACACAGAUUGCGGAAACAUUACGCAUGGAAAUGGUUACACCAGUGAAACGCCUGAAAGUGUCUUAUUUGAUAACCCAAAUACUGAUAAUACCUCUACAGCAGACAGAGAUUCACCAACAAUAUUGAUACAAGAAGGAUUCGUUAGCGACCCUGACAGCAAAUCAAGUUCAGUCGAGCAAACCGUUCCGUACGGACACAAUCUCCUUCAUUCAGUGAUAGUUGAUGAUCAAGAUAACAUAGAAGGACAAAGGCAUGACGAACAGACUGACACAACUGGAGGCGAGUUAGGAAAUGAAAGUAAUGCCGAGGUAUUUGAACGAAGUUCCAGUCCACAAGACUUUUCGACACAUGAAUCAAAUGUGAAUCCAUACACACAAGAGGCAUCAUACGAAGAUAUAAAAGAAGAGAGAAGAAACAAAUCUCGAUUAGGUUCAGAGCAAAGCGACGAUUCAUCAGACAUUGAAGUUGGUCAACAUAUGACGAGCUCGAAUGCUACAACAAAUACUACCGAUACAAACGGUUUUAAGUCCGUGGAACCAAAUAGGGGGACUCAAGGAACACUUGCGAAGUCAGAUUCGUUUAAACUGACGAUCUUUUUUUAUAGCGGUAAACCGGAUCAAAAUUCAGAUAGACAAAUCACGACUUUUAUGUCCAAAGAGGAAAGAAAGAACGAAGCUGGAAAUAUGUUUCAGGUAAAACAAUCUGAACACGAAGUACAGACUGAAACAACAGACGACAGACGACCCCAACAAAACAGUUUUCAGACAAAAGCAAAUUUUCAAAAGAAAUUUCAUGCUCAGAAGGAUGAUACCCAGUAUCACAACCGCGAAAAUCAAAAAUUUGAAAACCCAUCUGGGAAACUGCGAGAGCAGCGUACCAAUAUUGAGACAUCAAAAGCACCAAUUUAUUCACAAGAGGAAGAUCCAACUUCGCCCGUUCUAGAGACCUUUCAGUUUGAUACAGCGGAAAGAUGUAAACCAUCUGAAACCAGUAGGCAUAACUUUCAACAAGAUCCCGCGAGAUCUGAAACCAACAGACAUGACUUUCAACAAGAUCUGUCGAGAUCUGAAACCAGUGAACAUUACUUUCAACAAGAUUCCGCGAGAGAUGCCUGUGAAAAGACAGCUUCUACGUCUAUUUCGUAUCAAAAACAUAAUAUAUUACGCCAAAGCAACCAGAGACAACAGAACACGAAUGAUGGAAGAACAUCACCCAAUGAUGAUCUUUUCACAGUGAAACAAUGGCAAUUACCGCUCAGCCAUCAUGUAUCACACCAUCAAGAUACAGUGCACAGAAGUCACUCAAACCAUAGGGAAAGUAUUGCCCGCAGCGGAAGACACCAUAAUCAUCAAAGAUGUGAAAACUGCCAGGCACAUUGUCCUCAUGGACGUAUUCAUUCGUUGGACGGCACUUGUAUCCAUAACCACAAAUACGUAUGCCAUGACUGCGGGAAACGCUUUACACCAGAGGAAUACGCCAAACUAAAAACAGACCACGAUGACAUAUUUGAACACCCCGAUUGGCAGUACUUAAAUGAAUACCGGGAUGGAAAUGGCCAGUUUACAGAUCCUAAACAAAGAAGAAACAAAGCCAAGGUGAACAAGAAUAUGACAGCAAAGAUAAAGUCUACAGCUGCAUUUCCAAAACAAGAAUCAAGAGCUAGUGGUAACCACUUUGGAGACCUGGUGGAAAGCGUUGGACUGACGAUGAAAGAUGUCUACCCAGAUGGGAACUGUUUGUUCACAUCAAUUUGCGACCAGUUACGGAUCCGUGGUGAUUUCUCUUACACUCCUCGAGACCUUCGGCAUGCUGCCGUCGACUAUCUCAGAGAACAUCCAAAUCAGGAUGAUGGUACUCCUUUACUGGCGUUUCUGGCGGACGAGGAGCGUAACUGGGACAAGUACCUGAGUUCCAUGCGCCGUGAAGGGCACUGGGGAGACCAUUUUGUUAUUUGGGCAUUAGCCCAUGUUCUGGAUAGAAGAUUCGUAAUAUACCGCGGGGAUACAGAGCUGCAGAAAACAGUCGUUGAACCAUCUGGACCAAUGACAGAGGAUUCAUUUGAAGAUAUAACUGACAGAGCUGACAAUAAUGGUGCAACGGGCGAUAGAGAAGACAGCGAUAGCAAAGACGCUGAUGCCGAUACACAACGUGAUCAAAAUCAAACUCUAACGCCAGUACAGAAAGAAGAAAUGUAUCUUGGACAUAUUUCACAGUCGCAUUACGUUAGCUUAAGACCACACGGCUGGCGUGACAGGCUUUUUGAAGCCUUGAAAAACAAACAGACGUCAUCCCUUAUAGGAUGUAAUCCAGAGUCAAGUUCACUGGAUUCAAAUGGCGGCGUUUCGGUUCCAAGAGAAGUGCUUUCAUUUUCAUCUACAGACCUUAAUUACUUUCUUAACUAUUUAUGGAGGGGAGGGUUUCUCAUAAAGUUUGGACUGGCGGACAGACCUACUUCAUCGAAUGAUCCCUGUUCAACAAAUCGUUUAGUAGGCAACAUGUUUAACUUUCAAUACAAAAUGUUGUCGAACAUAAAGAAAGAAUCGAUUCCGACAGGCCGUAAUUUCUACUAUUUGUCAACACCACGUGACACGACAGUUGUUGAAAAUCAACGGCAAGGAAAUGUAAAAGAUUUAGUUUUACACAAGGAAAACUUUAAAGUUGGACAAUUUAAAUUAAUUCCAGUUACACCUUCGAUUUGGAAACCGACCUUAAUGUUGAUAAAUGGGUUGUCCUUUUUAAAACAUAUUGAAUUCAAGAGAAGUAAAAAGAGACCUGAGGCUAUUAUUCUGGGAUUCAAGUGUGCAUCUUGGCCAGAAGAAGCUAUUGAAUGGAAGUCACGCAAGCGAACACACGACUGGCCCAGUCAGAAUACUAUAGAUGAAAUUAUUGCAACAGGUGUACUUGCUAUUCCAGCAAAAGGGAAAGUUGUGCAUGACAGGGGUUCUGGAAACAACGAAUUUCCAUUUGCAACUAAAACACGUGAAAAUAUAGAACAUGAAUCAAAAGAACGCUUCGGAGAAUCUGUUUCGGUACUUGAAGAAUAUGAUAUUAUUUGGGAAUAUAGUUUUGACCUUUCAAAAAGUAUCCUUUGUCAAAGAGAUUUAAACAGAGAAGCAGAAAUGUUACAUUGUGUUCUCGCAGUUUUUACGCGUUUCGCUUUUGAAGACAAGAUGUCAAUUACAGACGACCAUCUUAGAACGCUAACAUUUUUUACAUGUGAAGCAUUUUCAUCAGAAGAAAUUCUACACCAACCAGGAAAGUGUUUAGUAUACGCACUGGACCAGUUAAAAGAGUAUCUGCAACGGAAACACUUCCCACACUACUUUAUGAGAGGAAGAAAUCUAAUCGCAGAUAUGGAGUAUGAUGACAUAGUAUGGCAUGUUGAGAGGCUUCAUGUAUUGAAGACAAACCCUAUGGUUAUUCUAUACUGUGUGCUUGACUAUUGUGCAUUACAAAAUAUGUAUGAUGUAGGAAAAGUAUUUGAUGGGCUUUCUGAGGUAGCAAACUCAAAAAGAAGAGGAAGGGAAGUUCCUGAUACAUAUCUAGUCACACUAUGCGUCACAGCAUUAACAAACAUGGCGAAAUUAAAAACUUUCUGGGGAAUAGAAAGGACAAUAGAUUUAUGGUACGGUGAACUUGCUUACACAUAUGGACGAGAGAGGAUAUCAGAAGACCAGUUCAUCCGUCAAUUACUGACAGAAUUGCCACCGCAGGAGGAAUGGUUGCUUGCACUGUAUUUGGACAGCAUACAAGGGUCCAAAUAUGUACAGUUUGUUUGUAAAGGAAGAGCCUAUAUCCAGCUAGGUAACUUUUUUGGAAACGAAGUUGCACCCAUCUUAUUUGAGGAAACCUCCCUUGGCUGUGAGGAAAUACAUUUGCCAACUGCAUUACUUGGUGACAGCACGACCAAUUUAGCUAUACGGCUGGGUGAAGUUAUCAGAUACGAUAUAGGUAGUACAAAUGCCUACCGAUCAGCAGUUCAUCAUUUCCUGAAAGCAAAUACCCAUGACCUAUUGCUAAGCGUUGAGAAAGACAAAAGGGACAACAAGGAUUACAAUUCACACCUAAAACUAUCAAAUUUAAUGAUCUUAUUCAACCAGCUGCACAAUACCUAUCAGGAACAAGGAGAUAUAUAUAGGUUUCGAGACUUGAUGGAACUUUUCGAUGAACUUUGUAACUUUACUGCCACAGAACGUGAUUUUACCUUUCUUGCCGAGUUAUGGACACUCUAUAGGGAAGACGAUCGAGCCAGAGAAGCACAAAUGAAAGCAGUAUCUGUGAGAGACGACGUUAACAUGAUGUCAACUGCUUUAUAAAUCUUUGUAUUGUGAGUUGAAUUUGAAACAAGAUGCUCCACAAACCCAUUUAACGUUCGCAAUGAAAUGUAUUCGAAUGAGUGACAUGGUAUUUUGUCCCCCAUUUAAAGAAGAACUUUCUGAUAUCAGCAGAUCAAAAUCAACAG